AUGUUUGAAACAAUAAUAGCAUCAUUGAUCAAACGUUAUGUUGCACAAUAUAUUGAUAUAAAUGCUGAUCAAUUAUCUGCUCAACUUUUAUAUAAACAACAAAUAAUUAUUGAAAAUUUAACAUUAAAUAAAACAAAAUUAAAUGAAGAUAUUCGUUCAAAAUUUGAAUUACCAUUAGAAAUUGAAUCAAUUCAUAUUGGUAAAAUUCAAUGUUCAUUUAUUUUAAGUUCAUUAUUAUUUCGAUCAUCGUCAUCUCCAGCAUUUAUUAUUAAAAUCGAACAUGUUUAUAUAGUUAUUAAAGAUAAUAUUGAUGAAUCAUUAAGAGAAGAAAUAAUCGAAGAAAAUAAUGAAAAUAUCAAACAAAAUCAACUUAAUCUAGCUGAACAAGAAUUAGAAAAAGAAUUUGAAUGUUUUGGAGAAGUUCAACCAUCAAAAUGGAAUAUUCAACGAUUAUUUAUGUCAUUUUUUGAAAAAUUAAAAAUUGAUAUUAUUGAUGUACAUAUAAUUUAUAAAAAUUCUACAGGUUGUACUAUUGGAUUAACUUGCGAUAAUAUUCAAACUUCUACUGAACCAUUUGAUGAUACAAUAAAUCGACAAAUAUUACGAAUAAAUAAUCUCGGCAUUUAUCUUGAUAUUAACAAUUCUUCAACACAUUCUUAUAUUCUUUCUCUACAAAAUUCAAUGGAAAUUUCAUUGAAACAUAAUCAUUUUUUAGUUAAUCAAAAAGAAUAUCAUUAUGAAUUCGAAUGUUUAAUAAGCGAUUUAGAUCUAAAAUGUAAUAUUGAACAAAUUCGUAUUUUAAUUAAUAUUCUUCAUUAUCAAAUGUUAAUUUCUGAUCCAUGUAGACCAAAAUCAAAAAUUUCAAAGCAAGCAGCUAGAAUUUGGUGGCAUUAUAUUAUUCUUCGUAUACAAAAUAAAUUUUGGUUUAAUCGUACUUUAUUAAUUCAUCGUUUACAUCAACUAAAUAUUUAUAAACGUUUAUAUCAUCAAUAUCUUAAUAGUAAAUAUUUAAAUUAUACAAAUAUUUCUUUUCAAGAUGAAAUAGUAAUGAAAGAAAUUGAAAAAGAAUUUGAUAUUGAAUAUCUUUUAAUUAUUCGUCGAAAGAUUUUUCAAACUCGAAUUAAUCAACAUAUUAAACAACAAGAAGAAACGACGAAAUGGUAUUUUAAUUACGCAAAAUGGAUUACUUCAAAAAUGAGUGAUUUAUGGGGAAGAACGUCGUCAUUAAAUGAAAAUGAUAUUGAAAUUCAACAACAAGUUAAUACAUUUAUUGAAGAAUCAAUUGAAGAUGAAGAUCUAUUAGAAAAUUAUGAUAAUGAUCGAAUAUUUCGUUUUAAAAUUCAUUUAAAAACAAUAAAUAUUGAUCUUUUAUCGUCCAGUAAUAAUAUUCUUUGGAAUUUUUCUCUAAAAAAUCUAUUAUUAAAUAAUGAAUUUCGAUUGCAUUAUCAAUCAAUGGUUACUUCUAUACGUCUUGAUGAUUUAUGUAUUCGUGAUCAUGAACAGGUAGAUGCAUUUUCUACAAUUAUUUCUUCGAAGAAAGUAAUACAACAAGAUGAAUCACAGCAAAUACCAGUACUGGAGUUUUUAUUUGAGAAAAAAAGCAAGUCAAAAUCUACGAUAAAAGUUCGUAGUUGUGGUCUUUGUAUAGUUUGUUGUCCAACAUCGAUUGAAAGAUUAUCUCAUUUAUAUACUUCAAUUUUUCCAUCAUUAUCUCUGAACAAAUGGAAAAAUAUGAAAUAUUCUUUGCUCAGAAAUUGUAGAUCUCUAUUAGAACAAAUAAUGCCAAGUAAAAAUCAAAAAAUGACUGCAUCUCAUGUUCAACAUCAAGAAAAAUUAAAAUUUCAGAUAUAUGUAAAUAUAGGAGGUGUAAAAAUUAUUCUUCCUCUAUCAUCCCGUGAUGCAUUAAUAAUAGAUUUGGGUUUUUUGAUACUUACUAAUAAUUCUCAAGAUAACAGUGUAUUUACUCAACAAGAAUUUGAAGAUGAUAAUGAUAUAUUUUUAACACCUAUUAGUUCUCCGUCUAUAUAUGAAAAUGCAUUGGAAGAAGAAUCUAUAGAUUACCCGGUGAAUCUUCUCACUAUAGAUCAGAUUGAUGAGUCUGUUAAAUACUCAUCUUUUUUAUUUUCUAUUCAUGAUAUACAAGUUUGUUAUUCUAAUGAUCAUUCACAGAUAGUAGAAAAAUUUAAUAUUCAAUUUAUUAUUCAACAUUCAUUAGAUUAUUUAUGGCCGUUAAGAAAUAUUUCCGCCGAAUUACAAAAACUUACGAUUCAUUUAAAUAUACAAAGAAUUAAAAGUUUAUAUAAUUCUAUAAAUCUUUGGUUUACAUUUAUUAACAACAAUUUUAGCGAAUAUGAUUAUCAAUUUAUUAUUUGGCGUGAAUUUGAUUUUCGUCUGAAUGAAUUAAAUAUUCUAUUGAAUGAUAAUACUCAAACUCUAAGUAAAAUUAAUAUCGAAAAUAUUGAUAUUUUAUUAAUCAAUAAUAAUCAAUCGAAACAAUUGAAUUUUAAUUUAAAUAAUUUAACGAUUGGAAAAGAUGAUGAAAUUUUAUUUAAAAUCAAUCAAAAUUUAAAUGAAAAUAAUGUAUUUAUUAAAACUAAUAUUGAUUAUUUAACAACGUCGAAAAUUAAUAUUAUCGCUGAUGUUAAUGCAAAUAAACUUGAUUUUAUUUUUAACCCUAAAACAAUUUGUACAUUGAUCAAUUUUUUGUCAGAUAUGAAUCUAUUCUCAUGGAAUCGAAUAGUUUCUAAAUAUAGUAAUAUCAUUAAUACUUCAAUACAUAGUCAAAUUAAUACUAAAUUUCAUGAAAUUAAUCUUACUUUCAUUUAUAUUACACCAGUGAUAUUCUCGAGUGAAAUUCAUAUAAGAAAUUUUAUGCUCAACACUUUAUUAAAUCCACAUUCAAUAUUUAACUUAACACUUGGUGCUAUACAAAUUUCUAAUUCCCUCAAUAAUUUACAACAAUCUAUUGAUAAUAAACAAAAUGUUCUUAUUAUUGGUUCAAACAAAGAAUCAAACAAUGAUGAGACAUCAAAAAAUUCAGCAUUAUGUUUAUUACUAAUGAAUCAGGAAGAUAAUAUUUCUAAUCUAUCAAUUAAAAUGACUUCUUUUUCUUAUUUCCAUUCAGUACAUUUGAUCGAUAGUAUUGAACAAAUUUUUACCUAUAUCAGUGACAAUUAUCAUUACAUCGGAAAACAAGAAAGUCAAAAAGAAGAUACGAAGAUAUGUUUAUUCAAUUGUCUAACUAAUUCAACAAAAAGUUCAAUAUUAUCUUUACAUCGAUGGAUUUUAGAUAUUGAUAUUGAUACAUCAAUAAUUAUUUAUCCGAUAAAUAUUGGUUUACAAUUAACUCGUAUUCAUAUCAAAAAUAUUCAAAAUCAAUUAAUAGAUUUUGAAAUUAAUGUUAAUCGAUUAGAUCUAUUACUAAUUAACUUCACAAGAGCAACUAAAAUAAAUAAUAUUAAUAUUUCUGAACAUACAUCAUGGCAAUUUAUAGAAAAUAUGUACAUUUCAUUCAAUUUUCAAUUGUCAGAAACAUCAAUUAUGAUUAAUUCUAAAUUAAUUUCUCCUCUUCGUAUUUAUCUUAGUCAUAAUCGAAUACAUUUCUUACGAGAAAUCUUAAAUAUAAUUUUUGGUCAAAAUUCAACAUCAUUAUUUAAAUUUAUUUUCCAGUUUCAAUCAUCUCAAAUGUUUAUUAUCUUUCAAAGUGCAGCUCAAUAUGAAUUCAUUACCAUAUGUGAAGCAGUUUUAGAUCAAUGUCAAAUGUUAUAUGAAUUAGAUAAUCUUGCUAAUAAAAAAAUUAUUCUUCAAUUUAAUUCACUUCAAAUUAGAAAUCAUUUAGAUAAGACAAAUGAUUUUCCUAUUGUAUUAAAAACUCCAUCAUCUAUUGAAUUAAAUAUUUCUCAAGUAGAUAAUCAAUAUGAAAAAUUAGAUGUUAAACUAGGCAAUAUUGAUAUUAAAUUUAUUAAACUAACAUGGACAAUAUUAUCUGAAUUUAUUGGAAUAUUUGAUCGUGAAAAUUAUUCAUCAAACAUAUCUAGUAUUGAAGAAAAGAAGAAAAAUUCUUCCAUAUUUUUCAAUAAUAAUUUAAUUAAAAUUUCAAUUAAUAUCGAUUCUAUUGGUUGUUUAUUUCAAGACAAUGAAACAUUACUUAUGAAUAUUGUUCUUCAACGUUUCAUAUGUCAAAUUUCUACUUGUAUAAAACAAUCAAUAGUACUAUGGACUAUUAAUAGUCAGCUUGGUUUUAUCUCUAUAGAUGAUUUAACAAUUGUUGAUCAAUUGUACAGAGAACGACUUUGUACAACAGCUACAAAUGCAAUUGAUUUUAAAUUUACUACAGAAGAAAAUAAAUUAGUUACUUCUGAUAGUAAUUCAUUAAUUGGUCCUCAAUUCUAUUUAAAUAUAACAUCAAUUCAAUAUAUUCAUACUUAUUAUUUUUUAUUAAGAAUUUUUAAUUAUUUUGAUCGUUUUCGACAGAAUGAAGAUUUUUAUAAACGCCUUCGAUUAUUUAUUUUCAAACCAGUUAUUUCUAAUAUGAGUGAACAAUUGAAUGAAAUACUUUUAAAUAUUAAAAUCGAAGAUCUAAUUCUUAUAUUACCUGAACAUAUACAGAAAAAAUCAGUAUUUAUCAUUCAAUUCGGUUAUAUGAAUUUUAAGAAUUAUUUUCUUUUACAAAAUAAACCGAAUACAACAAUAAAUCAAACAAAACCAUUUCCUAUUAAAUCAUCCCGAUUCGAUUUUAUUUCAAUAGAAAUCAAAGAUAUGAUCUUCUAUAUUGCAUCUCAUUCUUUUAUCAAUCAAGAAACUUCAACAUCUAUUCAUUUUCCCACUUAUGCUUUUAAUUCUAUGGAUACAAAUUUUUCAAAUCUAGUUCGUAAACAAUUUAAUUUAAAUAUUGAAAUUGAACAUAAUCGUAAUCCAACAUCACCAACUUAUAAUAUCAAAAUCAAUCUUUCUUCUAUUGAUAUUCUAUUGGAUUUUAAUCAAUAUAGUCUGAUUGAAAAUAUUCUUAUUUAUACUUUUAAUGAACAAUCUAUUUUCAUGCUUAAAAAAUUAUUUAAUUAUUUAAUCAUAUCAAAUAAUGAUAAUUAUACUAGUUUUGUUAUGAUUAUUGAAAUUGAUCAUAUAGGAAUGGAAAUGUUUUUAUAUGAUAUUGAUUUAUUACAUCGUCAUUCAUUAGGUUAUACAGCAUUAAUGAAUCUACAUAUAUCUUUCGAAAAAUAUUUAAAUGGAGAUCAAAUUUUACAUUUUCUUUGUUCAACAAUAAAACUUUUAGAUACACGAUAUGAUAAUAAAGAUAUGAUCAUACCAUUAUCUAUGCCUUCGAAUUCGAAUCAACUUAUAAUUUCUCUAAUUAAAACUAAAUUUGAUAAUCAAUGUACAAUAGCAUUAAAUUCUAUACGUUUUCUAUGUGUUAUCGAUUGGUUAUUAGAAUUAAAUAGAUUUAUUAAUUCAUUCUAUCAACAAGAAACUCUUAUAGCCACUGGUAUUUCAUUCAUACCAUCAUUUAAUACUAAAUUAAAUUUAAAUCGAUUCGAACUUGUACUUGUAUCAUCAAUAAUCGAUCCAUAUUCAAGUGCACUUAUCUAUUCUAGUACAAUGUCUUUGAAUUAUAAACAAAACGUACAAUCUAUUGAAUGUGUUAUGAAUAAUUUUACAUUUCUUACAUGUCAAAUUGAAAAUAUUGAUGAAACAAUAGUUUCUAUAAUUGAACCAACUGAUUGUUCUUUAAAUAUUCAUCUAUCGAAUGAACAAAUAUGUGAAUUUAAUAUUCCAAUAUUAAAUAUUCGUAUAUCUUAUUCUGAUAUUAAAAUGAUCUAUAAUUUAAUUCAUACAAUUUUUCAUCAAAUAUUUCAAGUUAAAACUCGUAAACCUUUAUUAAGUUCAAUUUCAUCAAUUCUUACAUCACCUAUAAGAGAUUAUCAAUUAUUAAAUAUAAAAUUUAUUAAAUUUUUCUGUAAUCAAAUAUGUAUAUGUUUUAUUGAUGAUUGUUUUGAUGUACAUAUACCUCUACUAAAUAUUAAUUUAAAAUCAUUUCAUUUCCAAACAAUUGAAAAUAAUUCAACGAAUCGUAUUGAACAAUGUCAAUUUGAAAUAAUUAUCUUAUAUUAUAAUCGUUUUCAAUCAGGAUUUGAACCAUUAAUUGAAAUGUGUUCAUUAGAAAUAUUAUUAACACGAUCAUCUUCAAAAACUUCAUUAUGUAUUUUAUCAAAAGAAUUAUUAAAUUUAAAUUUUACAAAAGCAAUGUAUCGAUUAUAUAAAAUUCUUAAAACAAAUUGGUAUAUAGAUAAUCAAAAUUCAAAGAAGAAAAAAACUUUUCGUCAUGUAAAAACAUUAGAACCAUAUUGUUUUAAAAAUUUAAUUGGAACUCAAAUUAAAUUUCGUACAUGGAUUACAUCCGAACAAAUUUUUUCAUCAUAUGAACAUAUUGUUGAUAAUCAACAAACAAUUUCAUUUUAUUUUCCUACACAUUCUUCGCAAUUAACUACGAAUAAAAAUCAAAAUUCUCAAACAAGAAUACGAACAAAUUCAAUUGUUUCUUCUCUAUGUCAAAUUAAUCGUCGUUUAUUAAUUUCAAUUGAUGGUUGGCAAUGUUUACAACCUAUAUCCAUUGAUCGUAUUGGUACAUUUUAUCGAAUUGCUCUCCCAUCAAAUACGAAUGAAUUAUAUAAACCAAUGAUUAUUAUUAUUGAUAUUGCUAUGGCAGAUAAUUCUUUACGUUUAAUAACAGUAAAAUCUUCAAUUGAAAUACGUAAUCAAUUAUUAACAUCGAUUGAUAUUCGAUUUAAAUGUAAUUUAGAUUUAUUACAUGAUUUUCGUUUAGAACCAAAUGAAACAUAUUCAUUACCUAUACAAUUAUGUUCAAUAAUAAAACAAAUACAAAUUCGACCUUCUGAUUUUGCUUUAGAUUUUUGUAAUGAACCUAUAACUUGGUUAGAAAUAAAUAAUGAAAAAGAUGAUAAUAGAAAAAAUUCGUCAUCGAAAGAAAAUUUAAUUCAUCGUCAAUCAUUUCUUCGUAGUUGUUCAAUCGAUGAAAAACAAGCAGUCUAUUAUAUAUGUUUACAAACUAAACAAACAUAUCUUUUAAACUCCCAAGAUCAUAUAGUUUCUACAUAUCAAUUAUCAAUUCAUUCACCAUUAACAAUUUGUAAUUUACUUCCAUGUUCAUUAAAUUAUGAAAUUCCAAAUUAUCAUGAAAAAUUUGAAAUCAAUCCAUAUAAAUUUCAUCGAGAACAUACAUUAAAUAUUCUUGAAAAUAUUCAUAUACUUUUUUCAACGAAUAUUUAUCAUAUGAAUAAAUCUUUUCAUUUACCAACAAUAAAUGAUUUAUAUCAAACGAAAUAUACACAUCAACGUAUUAUUUUCUAUGAUAAUAAUCAACGUGAAUUAUUUAUUGAUAUAACAAUUGUAUGUUUUAUUAAAUAUCGUUUAAAAAUUCUACUAUCUGUUCCUUAUAUUCUAUUGAAUAAAACUGGUAUUCCAUUAAUAUUUAAAGAUAUAAAUUCCAAAAUUGAAGGUGCUGGACAAAGUAUAAAUGAUGAAUUAGAAUUCAAUCGAGAAGCAUUACUUUUUUCAUUUGAAAAUUCUAAUCGUAAUCAUACAUGUGUAAUGAGAAUUGGAACAGGUUUACAUCGUCAACAAGAUAGCCGUCCACAAUGGUCACAAGGAUUUCGUUUACAACAAGGUUCGACUUAUCGACAAUUACAAGUUCGUUCAUCACGUAAAUCAAGUGAUUGGAAUUAUUCUAUAGCUAUUGAUAUUCGUUCAGGAAAUGGUUUUUUGAAAAAAAUUAAUUUUAUUUUUCUUAGUCCACGUUAUAUGAUCUAUAAUCAAUGUUCAUAUAAUUUAUUAAUAACACAACGACAAAUAUUAAAUGAUGAAACAAAUUAUAAAUGUGUUUCACAACAUGCAACUGUUGCUUAUCAUUGGCCACGUAUUGAUAUUGAACAAUUAUUAUGUGUAAAAAUAAUUGAUGGUGAAAAACAGAUAAUUCAUUGGUCAGGAGGUUUUCCAAUUGAUUGUGUUAAUGCAUUUCAUAUUAAUAUGAGAUAUGAUAAUGGUCAAUGUUUAAUACUUCGUGUACAAAUUAUUGAACGAAAUGGAACAUAUUUUGUUGUAUUUAUGGAUUCAAAUCAAAUGCCACCACCUUUUCGUAUUACAAAUCGAUCGGAUAUACCUAUUCAAUUUCAUCAAACAGAUAUUCGAUCAGAAUCUACUCAUUUACAUACAAGUCUAUUACCUCAUCAAUCGAUUGAUUAUGCAUGGGAUGAAUUAACAUUAAAACCAACAUUAACUUGUUCAAUUAUAGAUGGUACUAAGACAAUAUAUGAUCUAUUUAAACUUGGUAAUGCUGACGAAUUACAUUAUCAAAAUUUGAUUUAUCUUGUUUUUCAAGUAACAUGUGAAGAUAAAUCUUUAUCUCAUCCACUUGUUAUUGAAUAUAAUGAUAAUCAACUUUUCGUAGCACAACGUCAAGAAAAUCGGCGUUCACAACUAUGGUAUAGGACUGAUAAUGGUAUAUUAAUACAUAUAGGAUCUUUAUCAAUUCAAGAUGGAACGAAAAAAAAAGAUUUCUUCGAUGAUCUUCGACAUACAUUUGUUUUAGAUAUUCAAGAUCCAUUAGAUAAUAACUUAACAGAAUCUUUUACUCAAUUAAUUGUAAGACGAUACGAUCCUAAACGAAUACAAACACAAUCAUGGCAAUUUACUGAUUCUGGUUAUUUAUGUCUAAAAGAUUCACAUUUAUGUGUACAAAUAUUUGGUGAAUUAAAAGAAAAUAGUGAUAUAGUUCUAGGACCAAUUUUAGAUGAUAUUAAUGAAAAACCUUUAUCAACAAUGUAUAUUCGUGCUCAUCAACGUUAUAAAGGUACUGGUAUUUUAUAUGCAAAUAUAAUUGCUGAUGGACCAACAAAUGUACUUGAAAUAGAUCAUAUAAAAUCAAAUAAUUUACCAAAUCCAACAAAUAUUUUAUCAUCAACUAUUUAUCAUAUUGAUCUUCAUUUUUCUGCUGGUGUUGGUAUAUCUAUUAUAAAUUCAAUGAACCAUCAAUCAGAAGAACUUAUGUAUAUUCUAGUUAAUAAUCUUCAUAUUGAAUAUAAUAAUAAGAAUAAUGAACAAUCUAUUGAAUCAACUAUUGAUACUCUUAUUAUUGGUAAUCAAUUAUUAACAACAACAAAACCAUGUUUACUCUAUAUCAAUUCUCUUGAAGAUCCAUCAAUUCAACGAGCUAUUCGUUUUCAAAUUCAAUGGCAAAAAACGAAUACAAAUUUCAGUCUUCUUCAUAUUAUUCAUUCUCUUCAAAUUGAUAUUAAUUCAAUAACAAUUCAAUUUGAUGAACUUCUUCUAUGGAAAUUAAUCGAUUUUUUUGAUAUUGAAAUUUCAUCUUUAUCAUCAUUAUUAUAUAAAACAACUCGUCUUGGUAAUAAUACAACUAAUUCUGAUCGUAAAAUUGAUUUAAAUAUAAAUGAUUAUGAAACUGAACGAAUUCUCUCAUUACUUACAUCAACACAUGCAACACGAAUUUAUUUUAAUAAACUUUCUCUAUCAUCAAUUGAUCUUAAUUUAAGUGUAUAUUGUAUUCAUUCGAAACGAUUACUUUCAUCACAUUUAUUAACAAUUAAAAGACAUGCAUCAUUUCCACUUGUUCCAUUUGAAAAUGCACAAAUACAUUUAAAAUCUUAUGAACAAACACAUAUUUUUAAUACAUAUGAUUUUUUUCUAUUAUCUAUCAUAACACAUUAUGUUAAUGUAUGUACACGACAAGCAUUAAAAAUUUUAGGUACAGUAGAUUUUCUUGGUAAUCCACUUGGAUUACUACAUGAUGUUACGGAUGGUAUUGCAUGUCUUGUUGAUCAACGUGGUGUAAGUGGAUUAGUUAAAAAUGUUGCACAUGGUGUCGCUGAUUCAACAUCAAAAGUAACAGGUUCAUUAUCACAUGGUAUUGGUAAACUUGUUUCAGAUAAUGAACAUUAUAAUCGACGACAAUCUAUCAUAGAUAGUCAUAAAAAUCCAACAACAAUUAAACAGGUUAUUCGUCAUGGAACAGUUGGAAUAGCUGCAGGAUUUUAUGAUGGAUUAACAUCAAUGAUUAAACAACCAUAUAAAGGUGUUGUUGAACAAGGUAUGCCUGGACUUGUUAAAGGUUUUGCUAAAGGUAUUGUAGGAACAGUAAGUAAACCUAUGGUUAGUAUACUUGAUUUUACUAAUGAAAUGGCAACAGUUAUUAAAGAAGGUGCACGUUCACCAAAUAUUAUUUUAAAUACUCGUAUUCGACUAACAAGAUGUCCAUCGAAUAUUCUUGGUUUAUUACAACCAUAUUCAAUUUUUGAUGCACAAGGCCAUUAUCUACUUUAUAGAAUGAAUAAAGGUGAUUUAAAUGAACGAUAUAUUUCACGACUUACUAUUUCUACAAUACAAAUCAAUAUGGUAGAUAAACGAAAUAAGAAUAUAUCCGAUCGAAUAAAAGAUAGUUAUAUCGAUGCUAUGAUUACUACACAACGCGUUAUUAUAUAUCGAAUAGAUGACGAUCCUGAUCUAAUUAAUUUUGAAAUCAUCGAUAGUUACGAUUUCAAUACAUCAAUGGCUGUUAUUCCUAUAGAAGAUGCUGAUGGUUGUGCUUUCAUUCAAAUUUCGAUUGAUUCGACAAAUUCCAAUCGAUUGAAUAAUAAUAUACUUCACCGAUGUGAUACACUUGAACAAGCUUUACUCUUAUCUCAAGAUAUUCAACGUGCUCAAGAAAUCUUUCAAGAAGAAAAAAUGAUGUAUAUAAUACCCGAUGAUGAAACUGAAAAUAAUUAUAAUGAUAUUAUUGAUGAUCAACAAACUGAAUAA